AUGAAUUACUACAAUCAAAAAAUCAUUAAUAGGGCAAAUAAUAGAAACGAUAAUAAUAAAGAGUCAAAUUUUGCUAAUGCUGAAAAUAAUUUAAGUACAAGUCCAUUUAGUUUAAAUAAAAACUUGUACGACAACAAUCCUUAUAGCAAACCUAGUAACAUAUUUCCGAGUACACCAUUUGAAAAUAAUUUAUAUACAAAUAAUUCGCAAAAGAAAAAUUUAAAUUACAUUGACAUUAACACUAGCAGUAACAGUAACAUAAACAGCUACGGUAAAAGUAUUAUCUCUAGCAGUAUACAUAAUAACCAUAAUAUACAAAAUAACAGUAAUAAUAAUGUUAAUAUUAAUAAUAACUAUAGCAACAGUGGUAGUAACUACAUUAACGUGGUAGCUACAAACCCAUUCAACAAUCAGACAAAUGCACACAGUGAUGUAAUUAAUAAAGACAGUGAUACUUUUUUCAGUAAUUAUAGUUCUUCAAAAAAGAGUAACAUAAAAGAAAAUGAACAUAAACAGGAAAAAGACGAGGAUGAAGAAGACGAACUACCAUUACUGGAAGAACUUGGAAUUAACUUUGAUUUGAUUUCUAAAAGAAUGAAAUCAGUUUUUAUGUUUUACAAAAUUGAUGAUACUUUAUUUGAAAAUUCGGAUUUAUCGGGUCCUUUAAUUAUUGUUCUUUCCCUAGGAUUUAUACUAUUAUUAGCUGGAAAAGCAUCCUUCAGUUACAUUUACUUAAUUGGAAUUGUCAGUAGCCUUAGUAUAUAUUUGCUACUAAAUAUGAUGAGCCAGAAUGCUACAUUGGACUUGUAUCGAACAAUAAGUAUGUUAGGAUACGCUUUGCUCCCUUUGGUUAUUUUGUCUCUUAUUUCGAUCAUUAUUAAUUUACGGUCAAAUAGGGGAUACUCCAUUUCCUUUUUCUGCAUAUCAUGGUCUGCUUUAACGGCCUCAAGAUUUUUUGAAGUGGCACUCCGGAUGAACAGCCAAAGAUAUCUUGUGGCUUAUCCCAUAUUUUUACUGUACUCUUGUUUUGCGUUAAUUAUUAUUUUUUAG